GAGACAGACGAACUCUGCACUUCUUGACGUCUCUACUGACCCCUGACGUGGAUACAAGAGUUUAAACAGAUUCUGUAUAUUCUACAAGAUGAGUUGUCGCUAUUUCUUCCAUCCUGUUGUAUGGAGAUCGUUCCAGGUCACAGGCUGGUGUCCCCGUGUUGCAGUGCCGCCUAUCAGACCCAAGCUUCAAUGCAGAUGUAUUUGCAAGACCUACUCAAGCUCAUCCCAGAAACAGGACGACACCUUACUUCACAAGACUGAAGAGAAAACAGAGACGGAGAACCAUGUGUCAGAUGCAGACGCGCAUAAUCUAGAAAUCAAUUCCACAAGGACAGAUAACAGCAAAGAAGCCGCAAAUACAGAAUCGAACAGUGAUAUUGAAACAGAGUACAGUCCACAAGUUCAAAGCUUACUCAUUGAUAUACAAAAGAAAACUCCAAAGACCCAGCUUGAUACAACAUACUCCCCAGAAGAUAAGGAGACAUUGUUGUCAGUAUUUAACACAGCCUCAGUCCAGCAGCUUCAGCAAAUGCGGGCACUGAAAGGUUUGACAGCAGAUGCCAUCGUGACACAUCGUACACUCCACGGACACUACCAGACCCUCGGGAGCUUGCUUGCUGUGCAGGGAGUGGGGAGAACCACGCUGAAGAACGUAUGUGAGAGGAUCCUGAACCCGGCAUCUGAGUCCGACACGGAGGGAGGGCGGGGCCAGGUCAGCAGUAAGGCCAUCUACAAACCUCAGCUUAGCCAGGACAGCUUACAGAGAGUCUGGAGUGUGAUGUCCAUUAAGGCAGGGCUGAAGCACCUGUCCUGGGCUCACCUGUGUCGGGACGGGACUCUGCACGACUGGGACAUCCAGGAGGUGCCCUGUUUCCUGUCAGGACGCUUCCAGGCACACGAGUAUCUGGAGGCAGUGUCCCAGAUCAUCUCCACCUUACCCCCUGCAGACCUGUACUUGCUGGAACAGCAGACGAUAAAGAAUGACCCGAGUAUGGCGCCACUCAAGUUACACUUCCGCUCUGUGGAGGUGCUGCUGUAUAGUCUCCUCAACAGGGACUUUUCUGACACAAGGGAACACAGGGUUGUCAGCAUGUCGUAUGCAGCUGUCGGGAGAUAUUUUGGAGUCUACGUCAGCGGGUCUCGGACAAGUGGUCGGAGCAUGAUUCAUGACAUUGUGAAGGACUCGCGUGAAUCUCUGAACCUGAGAGUUGCGAUUUCCCAGGAAAUGGCCUCAGACUUUCUCAGCAGGAAAGACGGGAUUUUGAAAGAUGCUCUCUGUGACUGUCUGAUGCAGGCAUUAGCUUUUGUGGAAAUUGUUCUCGAUGAGAAUCAUACUGGCAUGAAAGACAGCUGACGGUUGUAAAUAUAUUUAUCUAAUCUCUAAGCAUAGAUGACAAAACCAAGAAUUUGUAAACUUGUGGGAAAAGGAAGUAAUAUAUUAUUCUGUUUU